AUGUUUCUACCUCGAACAAUCAAAAGAUCUUCUACGAUUCCUUCUACUCCUAAACAAAACAAAAAGUCCAAAACCAAUAUUUGGCCCAAUAUAAACAUCGUAAAUGAUUCUACUCAAAUUCCGACAAAUUUAUCAAACCAUUCGCAAAAAAUCGAACAAAUUUUUGAUGCACAAAAUAUACCAAAAGAGAUAGAUUAUUCAAAAGGGAACAUAAUUGAUGAAUCAAAGAUUUCUCCCAAUAAAAAACUUUAUUCAUCUGAACAAGUAAUUGUUUUACCAGAAACACAUAAUAACUCAUCUAAUCAAACUAUUUAUCCUCAUAAAAGUAUUGAAAACAGAUUCAACAUAACAGAAAAUCUUCCGAUAGAAAAUGUGGAAAAUGUAGAAAAUGUAGAAAAUGUGGAAAAUGUAAAAAAUGUGGAAAAUGUAAAAAAUGUGGAAAAUGUAAAAAAUGUGGAAAAUGUACAAAAUGUGCAAAAUGUGCAAAAUGUACAAGAAAAUGCGGUUGAAUAUGAUACCAUUAAAGAAUUUAGUUAUCAACAACGUAUACCUUUAAGUGGAGAACCAGUCUGCGUUAUUUGUGGUAAAUAUGGUGAAUAUAUUUGUGAUCAAACGGAAAAUGAUAAUGCGACUCAAACGCAUUUUCAAAUUUGUCCUAAUAUAUUUCAUGCUCAACUUACUGCAUAUGUUCCAUAUCCUGAAAUCAGUCAAAUGUCAGAAACCCAAGUACAAAAUUUAUUAAAAAAAAAUCGAAUAAUAAUUCAUGGUAAAAAUAUUCCAAGACCUAUUACAAGUUUUGAAUAUUGUCAUUUACCACCAAGAAUGAUUGAUAAUUUAAAAAAUUUAGAAUAUUUUCAACCAACUUCAAUACAAAUGCAAGUUAUUCCUACUUCAUUAGUUGGACGUGAUAUAUUGGCAAAUGCUCAAACUGGAUCAGGAAAAACUGUGGCAUUCUUAAUUCCAAUAAUUUUACAUACUUGGUCUUUAUCACAAUUUAAUGGAAAUGAUGGAAAAGGAAGUGGUCCUUAUGCAUUAAUUAUUGCACCAACUAGAGAAUUAUGUAUUCAAAUUGAAGAUCAAACCAAGAAAUUAAUAAAAGGUUUAAUUAAUAUGAAAACUGCACUUUUAAUUGGAGGAUUUCCUAUUCCUAAUCAAGUUUAUCGUCUUGAACAAGGAGUACAAAUAGUUAUUGCUACACCUGGAAGAUUUAUUGAUAUAAUUAAUAAUUAUCCAAAACUUAAUAUUAAUAAUAUUCAUAUGGUUGUAAUUGAUGAAGUAGAUAUGAUGUUUAAAGUUGGAUUUAUGAAUCAAGUUAAAGAAAUAUUAGAAAAAACUACUAUUUUUUCUUCGGCAAGUGGAUAUCGUCAACAAAUUCUUAUGUUUUCUGCUACAAUUCCUGAAAAUGUAGAGAAGUUAGCAAAUUCCAUACUUAAAGAUUAUAUAAGAAUUUCAAUAGGAAAUCAAAUUGAUGAUAUUAAUUCAAAUUUAAUUAAAGAAAAUAACUCUUUACCUAACAUUCCUAUUAAACAAACAAUACUUUGGGUAGAGAAUAAAUCCAAAAAAAAACAAUUAUUUUCACUUUUAAAUGAUCCAAAAUAUUAUUCACCACCUAUAAUUAUAUUUGUAGAAUCUAAAAUGGGAGCAGAUUUAUUAUCUAAAGCAAUUGAAAAAAAGUGUAAUACAGUAACUUUAAGUUUACAUAGUGAUAAAUCACAGGAAGAGAGGAAUCAAAUCCUUCAAUCUUUUAUAAAUGGAGAAAUUGAAAUUCUUGUAGCUACGGAAAUUAUUAGUCGAGGAUUAAAUUUAACUAAUGUUAACAUGAUAAUAAAUUUUGAUAUGGCUUCAUCAGUUAACGAAUAUGUUCAUCAAGUUGGUCGUGCCGAUGAUCGAGGUUGGGCAAUUACAUUUAUUAACGAGGAUAGUAAAAAUCUAUUUAAAGAAUUUGUCACAUUAUUAAAAGCACAACCAUCCGGUCGUAUUACUCCUUUACCAUCGAAAUUAUUAAAUCAUGGAUUCACUUUAUCUGGAAAUACAAAAAGCAGAUAA